UUAAUUUCUGAAAGAAGAAGUGGCAGUCCUCGUUCUUUCUACCUAUCAGACAAAGCUGAGGGUUGAAAGCCCACAGGAGCAUAUUGACGGACGUAGUAUAGAAGCAUGGCCGGGGAAGGCGAAAAGAAACCGGUGCUUGAAAUGGUCCAGGCUGACGGGGCCGAUGACGGCUGCGUGACGUUUGUGAUGCACGAUGAGGACCACACGCUGGGCAACUCCCUCAGAUAUAUGAUCAUGAAGAAGUCAGUGAUCCCGGAAGUGGAGUUCUGCGGCUACACCAUCACGCAUCCAUCCGAGAGCAAGAUCAACUUCCGUAUCCAGACGCGAGGAGGCGUUCCUGCGGUGGAGCCGCUGCGGAGCGGCCUCAACGACCUGCAUGAUGUUUGCCAACACGUCCUCAACACCUUCCAGGCGAGAGUUGCCGAGUUUAAAGAAGGCCAGGAGCAACCUAUGGAAUAAACAUCGGAAACCUUAAAGAUCCAACUUCACUCAACUCCUUCGCUCCUCAGACGUCCGGGAAGUUUUCAUGUCUUAAAUACUUGUACAGUUUUUUUUUUUUGUUUUUUUUUAUGUAAUCAUGCAAGGGAUUCAUAACAUGCGAUAAACACACAUCAAUGUUGCGUUUUGUUCCCAUGCUGCCUGGCUGGCGAGUAAAAACACUUGAAAUGAUAAAAACUGGCCUAUAAGAGCUCUCCUUCCUUCACUCGGGCGUCGGACUCGUUCUGGGACGUUUCACUUCACGACUCGUGACGGUGUUUUCGAACGUCUGAAUCUCCUGACGGGAGCGAGGAAAGUUCUGGAAGCUGAUAUGUCCUUAUUAGUGGAGGAAUGCGGUGCCAGGCACUUCAAACUGAGCGGGAGGGACAGCAGGUCAAAGGAGGGAGGAGGGAAAAAAGUGUGAAUAAUAAGCUUGAAGUCGGUCGACGAUAAUCGCAUCACAUGUUCAGAAUGUUUCAAAAAAAGACUCGUUUAACAAAAUAUAUGGGCGCUGGAAGAUUUUAGAAGAGUUUGCUGCGGCUGGGAUUUUGGAGAAAUAAAGUGUUUUUCUGGCAGAACCACAUGACUAGAUCGAUACCAUUACGUCUGUCAGGUAACAAAGCUGGAGCCAGGGGUGGAAAGCUUUAUGUAAACAGCUGGAAUCGUGGGAAACUGAUCGUUUUAUGUUAAAUGCUUAUAUGAAAAAUCCUUUUGGAAGAGAGGUCAUCUUUUUUUCCUCCUACUUGCCUGAAUUUAAAAAAACAAAUCUCUUCUUCUCUUACACAUUUCCUCUAAGUUCAUCCAUCCAUCGUCUUCCGUUUGUCCACGAUCAGGUCGCUGGCUGUAAAAAGGGCAGGAAGGAUACUAGAUUAGAUUCCAAGUUGUUUAGGCAACAAACGCCUGCCAAGAAGUGAAAAAUCUGACUUUAGCAGCUUUUUUAUCAACAGUAACAGAGUAAAGUUGUUCGGUGCAUCUGGAACUCAGCGGCUUUUGCCUUAAAGCAACAAAGGAGAAAUUAAAGCCACAUAUUAUAAAACUGUUUGUUUCUGUAUAGUUGAAACUGGAAUCUGAGUGUUGGAGUGUUUUUUAUUCUACUUCGUCUGAGAUCGCUCUUUAUGAUUUGAUUUAAAUAUAGAAAUACACAAUCUGUCAGAUGCGCUGGAAAAGGUCGCCAAGAUUUUAUUUUUGUAUUUUUGUAAAUGUUGGAUGGAUGCAUCUCAAAUUUGAUGAUCAUCAAAAGUUUGUUCAUUUUAGUAAUUCAUUUACUGAUUCUCAAAUCUGUAUAGCUAAGUCAAGUCAACAUUUCUUCCCCUAAUCUGAGUAAACGAUGUAUUUUUAAAUCCAUUUUCAGAAAGAAAUCUAUCAUAAACUGUAAAAACAGAACGGUGCAAAUUAAAAUUGAGAACUUGACUUACCAAAACCACUCCAGUUCUAUCAGAAACGGACCAGAAUUUGAAACAUUACUUGGAAUAUUUGAACCAAGUCGUACAGUAAAAGGAAAUAUAUUGAAUUUUAUGUUGUAAAACUGUUUUCUUCCUCGUCAUCCUGCAAAUAGAAAUAACUUGGGUGACCCUGUUCAGUGAUUGGAUCAUGUGGUUUCUUACACAUCUGGUUUCAACUGUAUUCAUGUUUUUGGCAGAUGUGCAUGCUGCUAUCAAGGCCAUUUUUUUCUUUUUCUUUUUUAAAGCAGUUGUUCAGUACACAGCAGGUAACAGUUAGUGCUGAUCAGCAUUGAAUUUUGUUUUAUGUUGGAGAGCAAGUCUUUAGUUUUAAUAGAUUAUUUUUUCGGUUUGUUUUCGUCGCCAUUGGAGUCGGUUACAGACUGGUGCACAUGAUGACAGGACUCAAAAAGCCAGUGUUUGUUUUUCAAAAAUAACAAUCUUACUGAUCCUGAAGGGACUUUAGAGUUAAAUGUGCCAGACGUGCAAGGAAAUGAAAUUCUUAAACCUGUCCCAAUUUCAAAACAACCCCAAUCGGUCUGGGACUGGAACAAGACCGAUUGGGCGCUCCAUGGACAGGCGGCGCGCCUCGUCUGUCCCAGGGGCCGAGCACCGAGGCAGGGUUCAGAUCUCUACGUGAAGUGGAUUGUCUAACGCCUUACGUGUUUGUUUUUUGUGUCACAAAUUUCAGGAUUUAGUGCAAGUGAAAUAAAGAUCUACAUUUCGACUUAUUCGAAACA